ACCUGGAUGCUUUAUAAAGAGAAGAGUACCUCCAGAGAGGCUAUCACAGCUAAGCAUGGCUAAAUUAUUGAGGGUGGUCGUGUUACUAGUCCUCUGCACCACAGCAGUGUGGUGCACCAGUGAUUAUGAUGAAGACGAUGGGGGGGAUAACGCAGAAAAGAACGCAGAAACAUCGGUUGAUGCAAGAGGACACAGGCCACUCCCUGCAGGACAAAAACUCCCUCCAACCAGAAAGCCUCCUCCACCACCAGUCAGUGGAGGUGGCUACAGAGCACGUCCGACCAAAGCUCCAGCCAAAGGAGAGAAGAAAGGACCCGUAGUGUUUCCUGACAGUGGAGGAUGUAAACAUCUACAGGAGGAGAUGGGAGUGUUAUGUCCCACUGGUUGUGAAUUGCGCACCAAUCUUCUAAAACAACAAAGGAAUGUCAAAAACUCUGUGGCUAACAUUCGUCCCAGGCUGGAGUCACUGUCUCAUUCAUCAACCAAUAUAUUCAAGUAUGCCUCUCUGCUUGGAGAAAAAUUCAAAGAACGACAGGAACUCAACAAAGAAAACGAGAAUCUUAUUAAUGAAUACAGUACAGAUCUGGAGGAACACUACACUUAUAUCAAGGAAAAUGUGGAUAACAAUAUUCCAUCCAACAUCCGCAUCCUCCGCCAAGUGUUAGAGAAUCUGAGAUCCAAAAUCCAGAAACUAGAAGCCACAAUUUCCUCCCAGGUGGAGAACUGCCGAACUCCAUGUGUUACAAGUUGCAACAUUCCAGUGGUAUCUGGCAAAGAGUGCGAAGAAAUCUACAGGAAAGGUGGGGAGACAUCAGAGAUGUAUCUCAUACAGCCAGAUGGAUUCUUCAGGCCAUACAAAGUUUACUGUGAUAUGACCACACAAGACGGCGGAUGGACAGUAAUCCAGAACAGACAAGAUGGCAGCGUUAACUUUGGAAGAACAUGGGACAGCUAUAAGAAUGGAUUUGGAAAUGUUGCUUUCAAUGGAGGAAAAGGAAUCUGCGAUACUCCAGCUGAAUAUUGGCUCGGUAAUGAGAGAAUUAGCCAGAUUACUAACCUAGGACCCACCGAAGCUUUGAUUGAAAUGGAAGACUGGGACGGCAACAAAGUUUCAGCCCAGUAUACUAGUUUCACUGUGCAAAAUGAAGCAAACAAAUAUCAGCUUUCUGUGAGUGGCUACAAGGGUACUGCCGGAAAUGCUCUCAUGGAAGGGGCUUCAGAACUUAGAGGAGAAAACCGAACCAUGACAAUACACAAUGGCAUGUUCUUCAGUACUCAUGACAGAGACAAUGACGGAUGGUUGCAUGCAGAUCCAAACAAACAGUGCGCCAAAGAAGAUGGUGGUGGUUGGUGGUACAACAGAUGCCACUCUGCUAAUCCUAAUGGCAGAUAUUACUGGGGUGGAUAUUACACAUAUGAUAUGGCAAAACACGGUACAGAUGAUGGUGUUGUAUGGAUGAACUGGAAGAAAUCCUGGUAUUCAAUGAGGAAGAUCAACAUAAAAGUCCGCCCGUUCUUCAGCAGUUAAAAACAUGUCAUAUGGUGCCUGAAACAGCAAGACAUCAACAUAGCCAAAGUACAUCAUCCAACACGUGGAACACUUCAGGUCAUCUGUCAGGAUGACUCUAUGCAUUGUUCUAGAGCAGUGAUGGCUAACCUUGGCACUCCAGCUGUGGUAAAACUAUAACUCCCAAGAUGCCCCCCUUGAUUGGCUGCUCCCAGAACUCUAUAGAAAUAAAUGGAGCAUGCUGGGAGUCGUAGUUUCACCACAGCUGGAGUGCAAGGUUAGCCAUCACUGUUCUAGAGUCAUGUAUUAGAAAGCAACUAAGUAGAUGUAAUGUAUGAGUCAAAACAUCCAACACCCAGGGUCAUAAACCCACAAUGCUCUCCUCAACAGUAAAAAUAAAGAAGGCAUAUAAGAAGUCUGUCAACAUUUUACACCAUAAUCCAAUCUCAAAAUGCUUGAUGCAGUCCUUCAGUAAGUGUUAUAAUGGCAACAAUUUGACGACAUUUCCUUUUUUCUUAUUUAUGACUGAUUAUAUGAUUUUCUAUCUAGCUGUUAGUAAAUCAACUAGCGGUUGCCAACUGUGGCUACGACAAACAAAUGACCAUAUUGAGGACCAGGUUGAUCAGUGAAACAUGUUGUUAUGGUGAUGUCACUUAAAAGCUGUGUAACAAUAAAGAAACUGAAGUCUUGUCUACAGUG